UGGCCUCCGUGCCUGAGAAUUUUGGCCGCUGUGGCAAUGCUACUCAAAGAGGCUAAGAAGCUCACUUUUGGACAAAAGAUUUCUGUGGUAACCUCCCACAGCCUAGAGACUCUUAUUAAAACCCCCCCAGAAAAAUGGCUUUCAAAUGCCAGAAUUCUACACUAUCAGGCCUUGCUUCUAGACCCAGAAUCAGUAGUUUUCAAGACCUCCUCAGCUCUAAACCCAGCCACUCUCAUGCCCGACGAUAACCCAGAAAACCAACAGAUGCCUCUCCAUGAGUGUGCUGACAUUCUCGAGUUACAGCAAAACUUGCGAGCUGAUCUAACCGACCAGCCUUUUAAGGACGCUUACAAUUAUUUCACCGACGGAAGCAGUUUCAUUCAGGACGGGAGGCGAGUGGCCGGCGCAGCAGUGACCACCGAGAAAGAGGUACUCUGGGCUAAGCAGUUAGAGCCUGGCACUUCUGCCCAAAAGGCAGAGCUCAUUGCUCUGACAGAGGCAUUAAAGCUAGCCUCAGGAAAGAGGGUAAACAUCUACACAGACAGCAGAUAUGCUUUUGCUACUGUACAUGUACAUGGAGCUAUUUACCAUGAACGCGGUCUCUUGACCUCGGCCGGGACUAAGAUUAAAAAUGCCCCACAGAUCCUAGACUUGCUAGCAGCUGUCUGGCUACCUCAGCAAGUCGCUAUUAUUCAUUGCAAGGCACACCAAGUGGGAGAUGACCCCAUCAUCAUAGGAAACAAUUUGGCCGAUCAGGCUGCCCAAAAAAUAGCAACCACAUCAGAGGGGCCUGCAGAGGAAAUGACUGCCCUGAUGCUAGUCCCUCAAGCCUUGUCAGAGCCUGUUUAUUCGAAGACAGAUUUACAGCUAGCAUCUCAACUUGGAGCCAAACCCCACACUCCAGGGGGCUGGUAUCAGCUGCCCGACAAGCGAGUGCUGUUACCCGAAGCACUAGGACGAGAGCUUUUGCAGCAAGCUCAUCAGGCUACUCAUUUAGGAGGAACUAAACUAGCAGAAUUGUUCAGAGAUCGAUUUUUCAUUCCAAAGCUCUCCAAACUAACUGCCUCUCUGAGCUCUAGAUGUCCACAGUGUUUGUUGGUCAACCCAACCAGGAAACCUCCACUGGAAACCACCCGGUAUCGAGGAACCUCCCCAGGAGAACACUGGGAAGUGGACUUCACGGAUAUGUCCUUACAGAGUCUCCAGCCUGUACUGACCUCAAUUCACCGGCUGUUCAGACAAAAACAUCCGAACCCCCCCUUGGGAACGCUGCCCCAAGCGUCAAUUGAGCCAGGAACGUCGGUCCUGGUGCGACGACACCACCGGGAUUCGCUUGAGCCGCGCUGGGAGGGACCGUUCACCGUGGUGCUCAGCACUCCCACCUCCGUCAAGGUAGCAAAAAAGACUGCGUGGAUCCACCACACACAAGUCAAACCACUAGAAGCUACAGACGACAAAAAGGGUCCCCGAUGGACAGUACAACGGACUGGUAACCCAUUAAAGUUAAAGUUUGUAAAGGACUCUCAGCCAUAA